AUGUCGAAUAAUUUUAAAGAAAUUUUAUUAUCAGAUGUAGAAAUAAUAGAUAAUGGCAAUAGCAACUAUUUAAACGGAAACAUAGUAAAUUAUCAACAAAUACUAAAAGUCAAUAAAUCGUUAAAAGCAAAGAAUAAAAAAACUGCUUCUUUUAAAGAAAUUUUUGAAAUUAAAAAAGGAUUGGCAAAAUAUACCAAUGAUUUUGUUCAAAAAAAUCGCGGUGAAUAUCCACUUUAUUCUUCUCAAACAAUUAAUGAAGAAAAUUUAAAAAAAUAUGCUGUUGGAGGUGGAAAGAACAGGCGCAUUACAAUAGACAUAAUUAAAAACGUUAAAGUUAAAGUCCCUAUUACUUUGCAAGGAGAAUUUGAUUUGCAGAAACAGAGAGAAAUUGCUGAAAAAGACAAACAGAUUAGAGAAUUAAAAAAUAAAGUAAAGUUGUAUAAACAAAAAAUUGAUGAGUUAGUAAUAGAAAAAUCACCUGAUAAUUUUGAUAGUAAUUUUAAGGAGAUCGCAAUAGAUGAAGUUUUUGAUUUAAAAACUAGAGCGAAUAACAGUAAAUUUACUAAGAGUUUUAUAGAAAAGCAUAAAGGAGAUAUCCCAGUUUAUGGUGCUUCAGGAGAUGAGAACAUCGUUGGUUACGGAUAUGUUCAAGACAAUUUGCCUAGCAUUAA